UUCGCGAGAUGAGAGGUGUCCAGUGUUUAUCGACAAUCUUAGAAACGAAUGGACAGGCACACUAACGGCGUUAUCUUUUUUAUUUUGAAAAGUUAGUAUAUGUUUUGUAAUCGGCAGGCCGACUCAUUAAAAUGGCAAAAGACUGCAUUGCAAGAAGUCUCGACAACAUUGACCUCUCCUCUUUACGGGACCCUGCUGGGAUAUUUGAACUUGUUGAGGUGGUUGGUAAUGGAACAUAUGGUCAAGUAUAUAAGGGUCGACAUGUGAAAACAGGACAGCUGGCUGCUAUCAAGGUCAUGGAUGUGACAGAGGAGGAAGAGGAUGAGAUCAAACUGGAAAUAAGCAUGCUGAAGAUGUAUUCUCAUCACAGGAAUAUAGCCACAUACUACGGCGCAUUUGUGAAGAACAGUCCUGCAGGUCAGGAUGACCAGCUGUGGCUUGUGAUGGAGUACUGUGGAGCCGGCUCCGUUACAGAUCUAGUGAAGAAGACCAAAGGGAAUUGCCUGAAGGAGGACUGGAUUGCCUACAUCUGCAGAGAAGUCCUUCGAGGUCUGUCUCAUCUCCACACACACCAUGUCAUCCAUCGUGACAUCAAAGGACAGAACGUGUUGCUGACUGAGAAUGCUGAAGUUAAACUGGUGGAUUUUGGGGUGAGUGCUCAGCUAGACAGGACAGUUGGAAGAAGGAAUACGUUUAUUGGGACACCAUACUGGAUGGCUCCAGAAGUGAUCGCCUGUGAUGAAAACCCUGAAUCUACAUAUGACUACAGGAGUGACUUGUGGUCUCUGGGGAUCACAGCUUUGGAAAUGGCAGAGGGAGCACCACCCUUGUGUGACAUGCACCCUAUGAGAGCCCUCUUCCUCAUCCCACGGAACCCACCUCCCAAACUUAAAUCCAAAAAAUGGUCCAAGAAGUUUUUGAACUUUGUGGACAGAUGUCUGGUAAAGAAUUACCUGCAUCGGCCAUGCACUGAGACACUUCUGCACCAUUCAUUCAUUAAAGAGCUGAAUGAAAGGCAAGCACGUCUCAUGCUCAAAGACCACAUGGACAGAACAAGGAAGAAGAAAGGGGAAAGAGAAGGGUCAGAAUACAAUGAAUACAAUACAAGUGACAAUGAGGAGGAUGAAGUGAAUGAAGAUGAAGGAGAACCCAGCUCUAUAGUCAACCUUCCUGGAGAAUCCACAUUAAGGCGCGAGUUCCUGAGACUGCAGCAAGAGAACAAAAGCCAGUCUGAAGCCCAAAGGCAGAGUCAGCAUCAGCUUCAUGACCAGGAACGCUACAAGAGACAGCUCCUCGCCGACAGACAGAGGAGGAUAGAACACCAGCAAGAGCAGAGGAGAGUCUUGGAAGAUCAGAAGAAGCAGUUGCAGGCAUUCCAGUGGUCAGAGCUACAGGAGGUAAUAUGGCAAGAAGAGGCUGAUCUUAAUGAGAGAAUCCUAAAUGUGGAGAGGACCAAAUGGAAUGCCGUAAAGCAGCCUGAAGAUUCAGCCAGGCAAAGGAAUGAUGCAGGAUCAAGUCAUUUAGUUCCUUUUGCUGACCAGAGGCAGGCCGACCUGACGGCUCAGCCCCAGCAGCCGAUGCGGAAGCUCCACCGCACGCUUCCCAAAGACCAGACACAGCUGCUUUCGCUUCAGCACGACCACAGGCCCAAGCAAAGGGAGCCCCAGAAGCCUGCUGGUGUCAUGCCUAACUGUCCUGCUAGUAGCUGGUGUCUAGUGAUGGAGAACAAAGCAAAAGCUUUGGAGAGCCAUCACGUUAAUGUCAACAAACUAGAGGCAGGGCUGUCGAUGCGCAUCCAGUCAAGGCUGGGCUCAGGAAGCAGCUCCAGUCCCUGUACUCCAGUCCUGCAGAGGGCACCACUCCAGAAUGCCAACUUGUGCUCCAGCCGAGAGAGUCAGCACAGUAACUCCCUGUCAGAUGUGGCCAUGUCCAGUUUGUCACCCACGGUGGAUGAUGUAUUCCUGGAUUUCCCUACUUCCAAUGAGCAUCCUCCUAUGGUUCCAGAGCGAACUACAUCAAAAUUGUACUGCAGAGAGUUCAUGAACCACCACAGAACUACAUCACAUGGAGGUCUGCAGACCCCUGUGAACAGAAGGAUUCCAUUCCCAGCUUCCUGUAGCAGCACAAGCAGUACUGCAUCAGAUUAUCAUCAGCCAGAAAGUGCUUCUCACCACAGUCAUAUCCAGGAAUACAACAAGGUUCUAGAUGGGUGUUCAGGAACAUCAAAGCAAUAUCAGGGCUUUCAGUUGAGCUCUGGUCACAGGUCUCAAUUCAGCCCGUUUGUGAAAGCUACAGAGUACUCCUCUUCGAGUGAUGAACUGGGGAGCAGCGAUGAUGAGGAAAAGCACAGGUCACCACAAAGCAAUGAUAAGAGCAGGUUUUUCAAUACGGCCUCUGAGGAUAUAGUUCUACAGUGCCACAGCAAUCUUCACUCACAACUGGUACCACAGAAUGUGGCAGCCUCUAAGCAGGGGGCAUGCCACAAGAAUGUGGCAUUAGCGUCAAAUGACAGCUACCUCCUCCCGGAUAUCCUGCACAAGAGCCCUGGCCAUGAGCUCCCAGGCAUGGGCCAGAAUGACCUCAUCUGCCCUCAGUCUCCUGAUGGUUGGAGCCCCCAUACGAAGAAACCAUGUAAUGGCCAGCAAGCAAAGAGCAUUUCAUCGUCUUCCUCCUCAUUCACUCCGUUCAUAGAUCCUCGCCUGCUACAGAUACCUCCCCCUCAAAGUCCACAGGGAAACAACCCUAACAAUGUGAAGUCUGAGCUGUACAAAAGGGAGAACCACAGGAAGGGCUCCAUCGUUAAUGUGAACCCUGCCAAUAUCCGGCCCCAGAGUGACACACCAGAGAUACGCAAAUACAAAAAGAAGUUCAACGCUGAGGUGCUGUGUGCUAGUUUGUGGGGUGUGAAUCUACUGGUUGGCACUGAGAGCAGUCUGUGGCUCCUGGACCGCAGCGGUCAGGGGAAAGUCUACCCACUCAUCAGCCGCAGACGCUUCCAGCAGAUGGAUGUACUAGAAGGCCUCAAUGUGCUCAUCACCAUCUCAGGUAAGAAGAACAAGCUGAGAUUGUACUACUUGUCAUGGCUGAGGAAUAAGAUCUUGCGUAAUGACCCUGAGGUGGAGAAGAAACAGGGCUGGACCUCAAUAGGAGACAUGGAGGGCUGUGUGCACUACAAAGUGGUUCGCUAUGAAAAGAUCAAAUUCCUGGUUAUUGCCUUGAAGAAUGCUGUAGAAGUAUAUGCAUGGGCUCCAAAGCCAUAUCACAAGUUCAUGGCUUUCAAAUCGUUCACUUCCUUGCCUCAGAAGCCACUCUCCGUUGAUCUCACUGUGGAAGAAGGACAGAGGUUGAAAGUCAUCUAUGGAUCUGUAAAUGGCUUUCAUGCCAUUGAUGUAGACUCUGGAACAACCUACGAUUUGUACCUCCCCACUCAUCCCUCUUGCCUCGUUCACUCUUCACCUGCUCUGAGCCCUCGGCGCGCUCCCUCUGCCUCCGACCCGGACGCUCGCGGAGGCACACACCAGCCCACGGCUGCUCUUUCCGCCACUCUGUUCGUGCCAGGGAUGCUCAUGAGAAUCCCACGGCAGAGAAUUAAGAUAGCCCUGCCUCUAUGGGUGCCAGUGCUGAUGCUGAGGAUUGUAGUGGCUCAGCAGGACGACCAGUCGGUUUGCGUGAGACAGUCUCUCAGCCAGAUUCAAGGCUCAAUCCGUCCUCAUGCCAUAAUCAUUCUGCCCAGCAGCAGUGGGAUGGAAUUGUUAGUGUGCUAUGAGGACGAAGGCAUCUACAUCGACACCUACGGCCGCAUCACCAAGGAGACAGUGUUACAGUGGGGAGAGAUGCCUGCCUCUGUUGCCUAUCUUCAAUCAAACCAAGUUAUGGGCUGGGGAGACAAGGCCAUUGAGCUGAGAUCAGCUGACACUGGAGACCUGGAAGGAGUCUUCAUGCAUAAAAAGGCGCAGAAACUCAAAUUCCUAUGUGAGAGAAAUGAUAAGGUCUUUUUUGCCUCAGUCCAGUCAGGUGGCAGCAGUCAGAUUUACUUCAUGACACUGGGCCAGAACUCCCUUUUCAACUGGUGAUUUCUUAAAUUUGAGAAACCGUUGCUCAGGGCAGAAUGCAAAUAAACUCUGAAAACCUUUAAUUCAAUUAAACAUCAAAGUGGCACAAUCAAUUCCCCAAAAUAACAAUUUCCUAGAUAAUAUUGUUAUUUAUAAUUGUUUAAUUACCAGUUUUAAUAAUCAGAAUGCAUUAUUAAGAUGAAUUACAUGCACAUUUAUACAGUAGCUGCUUCUAAUAAGAUCUUAGAUUAAUAAUUGCUAUUUAAAAUGUGUUUGGACAAAACAAAAAGAUUUUUCUUCCACCAUGACACCCAAUAUGGAGUUAGAAUAAGUGAGUCUGACAAGUAUUAGUUAGCUGACAGUUAUGGCAGUUAAUUGGAAUACAAAUUAUUACACUGCUAAUCCUUGCCAUCAACAUGUGUAUUUUAUUAUGCUAGGUUGCUAAUUCAAACAUUCCUUAACAAAUCUAAUACCACAACUAAUACUGAGUAUCUACUUUGCUUUUUUUCCUGUUUUAUCUGGAACACUCAGUAAUUGUAUAAUGUACUUUUAAAUAUGUCUUGCAAAUUGAACUGGCCCCACCAUACAAAUACAUCUAAAGCAAUCUGCAAUGUAUAUCGUAAUUAUUUAAGAACAAUUUACUUUGGUCCCAUAAUAGGAUAUUGGUGAAUGAGUAUAUCUAGGCCGUAAAAUGGCACUCUGUACAUGAACAUUCACAUUUAACAUGCUUACUCAAGAAACUUAAUACCACAGUGCUCACAUUUUCACAAAUUUAUGACUGAGUAGUAUAAACCUGGUGACAUGUCUGCAACUGAUUUAUGAAUGGUUAUAAAUAUUAUUAAAUAAAAUAUAAAGAUAAAAAGUGAAGUAGCUCUUUUGAUUGAAAAUUUAGACUGUUGUUAAGUCAUUUGGUAUGCUGCAUAUAGCACAUAUAUUUAUGUAGUAAUGCAACAUAAGUAUAAGAAAGUGCAAGCUAACUAAUAUGUUGAUGUUGAUAGUUUUCUUAUGAAUUUACAAAUGGCUCAUUCUAUGUUCAUGUUUCAUGAACUUACAGUGGAAGUUAAUAUCAUUGUUUGGAGAUAUUUUUGCAUUUGUUGGUCAUAUAAAGGAAAGCUGGAGUAGUUUGUUCUCAUGUAAGCAAAGUUUCCAGAGUAAAAAUAGAAAAGACAGAUGCAGCAGCUGAAGACCUGAAUGAAGAGGACCAGGUUAACAAAUGUAGCAUCAGACCUUGGACAAACAGCAGUUUUGACAUUUUGCUGUAUAUCAGGCACAUGUAAUGUAGUUGCCUUUGUGUGUAAUGUAUGCUCUGUGCACAAAUCUGUAUGAAGCACUGAGAUGUAUGCUUUUCAGAUUAAUUAGGCUAUUACAUGUUUUCAUUCAUAAUAUAUGCAGUAAAUUGAGCUCUAUAAGUAGGUUGUUUCAAUAAGCAUAUGUCUAAGACAUGACAAAUUUGACUAUUGAGAAAAACAAGCAACAACAUACAAAAAAUGAAAUUAUAGGCAAUCUGGAAAUACUUGUGCAAAGUUAAAAAUAAAAAGGUAGUGUUGGGAA